AUGGUUGUAAAAGCAGACGACACUCUUACAAUAGCUGUUAAUAGAGCAGUACGCGAACUUACGAUGACAAAUGUUCCUGAGGUGCUGCGAAACUUCCCAGAUGGAAGCACGUUCUUGCAAGUGCAAGAACCAUGUCUGCAUAUCGUGCUGUUUCGCAUGAUCUUUUCGCGCUCGUUGGAGAUGGCAUACACAGAUAAUCCUCGAAGUCGACGUGGAGCUGCAAUACCGCUGCUCUACGCCGUCACAAAGUACAAGCGCGAGGAAGACUACGUCACCAUCUUCAACAACUUGAAAGCCGCGAUAGAAGAGGCGAUAGAAGGAUUGAGUCUGACGGAAACACGAUAA